AUGUCGUUCCCCAUCACAAUGACCAAAAGAGUUUCCUCCUCUUCCAAAGACGAGGACCUUCAUCGUGGUGCCUGGACUGCAAUGGAGGACCAACUUUUGUCUGAAUAUGUCAAAAUUAAUGGCGAGACUGGUUGGAACUCAAUGCCCAGAAAAAUAGGUUUGAAGCGCUGUGGGAAGAGCUGUAGAUUGCGGUGGUUGAACUAUCUUCGUCCUGGUAUAAAGCGUGGAAACAUUUCAUCUGAGGAAGAGGAGCUCAUAAUUAGACUCCAUGGCCUCCUUGGGAAUAGGUGGUCCCUGAUUGCAGGUCGACUGCCAGGACGAACGGACAACGAAAUAAAAAACUACUGGAACACUCAACUCAGCAAGAAGAGGCCGUCAAGCCAAAACUCUCUUGAGGAAUCCAACAAAAGGAGAAAAUCUUCUCCUCCUGCAACUGACCCGUUAUUGAAAGUCACCCCGGUAAAAGUAACGGCGGUGAGAAUAAGAAAGGGCUGCAACAAAUCUGUGCACAGUAUUGAUUCAAAUCAUCAAAGCAGUGAUAUUUGUGCACAAACAGUAAAGGCCUCCAGAAGUUGUUCUGGGUUAUUGGUACAGCAGUGGAUAACAGACCGCGAUUCCGAUUCUGACGUAAUCGACUUUACAAUGGCGGGCGAACUGGAAUCUCCGUCUGUUGAAGUCAGUGGUCAAUAUUCACCAGAAGAUUUUGGAAUCGAAGAGUUACAGGAAAGUCCCUGUGAUUCCUUCGAAAUCUCUUUUCUUUCUAGUUACAUUCAACAAAUUGAGAAUUCUACAGAUGUUGGGUAUAAUGGAAUGGAGGGACCGUACACCGGUACGCAGUAUGGAGAUUUCAUGGAUGAAUUGCCAUAUUUCCAUAUGUCAAGCCUGUUACCCUAAGAAUUCGAGGAAGAAA